AUGUCGUCCAACAGUCCCUCGACAACAGAAAAAUCGAAGGAACCAGAGGAACAGCAGCUUCGAACCACGGGUAAACAUAGCCCAAGGAACUCCGUUACAGACCAGAACAUCGAGGAGCUCGUACGAAGAGUCAGCAGCACAUACGCGAAGCCAAACUCGUCGGGAACUUCGACAUCGUCACCACAGCCUGAUGAUGAUACCCCCAAUAAUCCUCUCAGUCCAAGACCUGCCAGCAAUCUGGAUCCAAACUCAGCAACGUUCGACGCUUAUGCCUGGACCAGGGAAUUUACCAAGCUCACAGAGUCGGAUCCGGAUUCUGCCCCGCCGCGUGCUCUCGGCGUAGCAUUCAAGGACCUCAGUGUCUUUGGCUCGAGCACUGGAGCGCAGUUUCAGAUGUCCUUCGGAAAUGUCGUAGCCAGAGUCGUCAAGGAUCUGGUGAGGCUGGUUAGCAAUAGCAAGCGCAAGGAACAGCGCUUGACCAUCCUGCGUGAUUUCGAGGGUGUCGUCGAAAAGGGAGAGAUGCUCUUGGUCUUGGGCCCGCCAGGUUCCGGUUGCUCGACAUUCCUGAAGACUCUUUCAUCUCAAACGGCGGAUCUUGAAGUGAGCCCAGACGCGUACAUCAACUAUCGAGGAAUUGAAACGAGCCGUAUUCGUUCCCCCUUCCGUGGCGAUGUUCUUUACAAUGCCGAGCUUGACAACCACCUCGCCCAUCUCACCGCUGGAGAGACUUUGACCUUUGCGAGCCGAGCCCGUAGCCCCCGUCACAUCCCAACCGGCUUCUCCCGCCAACAGUUCGACCGCAUCAACCGUGACGUGAUGAUGGCGAUCUUCGGUUUGACGCAUACGGUUGAUACCCGGGUGGGAGACGUUGUAGUUCGCGGGAUCAGCGGCGGCGAACGAAAGCGUGUUAGUAUCGCUGAAGCAGCACUCACCCGAGCCAAGUUUCAGUGCUGGGAUAACUCUACAAGAGGCCUUGAUAGUGCCAACGCUAUUAGCUUCUGUCAGAACCUCCGUCUGCAAGCAGAUUUACUUGGAGUUGCAUCAGCUGUCAACCUUUAUCAGGCACCUCAGUCUGCAUAUGAUCUCUUCGACAGGGUGACUGUUAUCUACGAAGGGAGGCAGAUAUUCUUUGGGAAACGAUCUAAGGCCAAGGGUUAUUUCCAGGAGCUAGGUUUCCAAUGCCCAGGCAGGCAGACAGUACCCGACUUCUUGACGUCAAUGACCAGCCCCCAUGAGCGUCGUAUCAGGCCAGGCUUUGAGCAUCUGGUUCCCCGUACGCCAGACGACUUCGCCCAGCGAUGGAAGGCCAGCAAACAACGACAACAAAUCAUCCAAGAGAUUUCUGAGUACGAACAAAAACAUCCCUCUAGAGAGAGACUCGAAGAAUACCAGCAAUCCAGACGUACCGAGCAGGCCAAGUCACAGCGUACCAGUUCUCCGUACAUGAUAUCCUACGCCCAACAGGUCUCGCUUACCUUCUGGCGGGCCUGGAGGCGGCUUCUCGCAGACCCAGACUUUACCAUCGCAUCUCUACUCUUCAACCUCAUCAUGGCUCUAAUUCUCGGCAGCAUGUUUUACAAUCUCAAAUCAGAUUCCUCGAGCUUCUACUACCGCGGCGGAAUCAUUUUCUUCUCUUUGAUGUUCAACGCUUUCAGCAGCCAGCUCGAAGUCCUGACCAUCUAUGCCGAGCGCCCCGUCGUCGAGAAGCAGAACCGAUAUGCCUUGUACCACCAGUCUGCCCAAGCAAUUGCUAGCUACCUCUGCGAUCUUCCCUACAAGAUUGCGAAUAUGUUUGUUUUUAAUAUUCUUGUUUAUUUUAUGGCUCACUUGCGGCGAGAGCCAGGCCCUUUCUUUUUCUUCUGCCUUGUCACGCUGUUGGCUACACUAUCUCAAUCAGCCAUCUUCCGUACCCUGGCAAGCAUCACUAGAACUCCAGAGCAGGCUAUGGUUCCUAGCGCUCUCCUUGGAAUGGGUCUUAUGAUCUACACCGGGUUUACCAUGCCAACAACCUAUAUGCCCGGGUGGUCAUGGUGGAUGGGCUACAUCAACCCUCUAGCCUACGCCUUCGAGGCCCUCAUGGUCAAUGAGUUCCAUGGAAGAGAGUUUGCAUGUGCAGCGAUGGUCCCGCGAGGGCCCAGGUAUGAGGACUUAUCACCAGAGUCACAAAUAUGUUCUGUAGUGGGCUCGGAACCUGGAACAUCCGUUGUUGAUGGAAGCAAGUAUCUCUCCCUCGCCUUCGACUACCAGCAUUCGCACAAAUGGAGGAACGUCGGCAUCCUUUGUGGCUUUACAAUUUUCUUCUUUUGUGCUUAUUUGGUCAUGGCAGAGUUCUCAAAGCCACCAAAGACCAAGGGCGAGAUCCUCAUCUUCAGAAAGGGUCAGAUGCCCUCGGUUGUCAAAGGAAAGAAGUCAAACGGUGUUGAUGACCCAGAGGCCCAAGCCCAAAGCGGCCAGGCGGUUGAGAAAAGCGACUUGUAUACCAACGACGGUUCGCUCAACGCAAAAGGCCUCACCGCAAGUACAUCGGUAUUCCACUGGGAAGGUCUUUGCUAUGAUAUCAAAGUCAAAGGAGGCGCAGAGCGCCGUCUCCUUGAUCACAUGGAUGGUUGGGUGUCGCCAGGCAAGACCACAGCUCUUAUGGGCGUUUCGGGGGCUGGUAAGACGACGCUGUUGGAUGUUCUCGCAACUCGUGUCUCGGUCGGUGUUAUUAGCGGCGACACGUUGAUCAAUGGCAUCCCAACAGAUGCAACAUUCCAAUACCAGGUAGGAUACGUACAGCAGCAGGAUAUCCACCUCAGUACAAUGACGGUCCGAGAGGCCUUGGAGUUCAGCGCAAUCCUUCGGCAGUCAUCUGAAAUCCCCCGGGAAGAGAAAUUACGAUAUGUUGACUACGUCAUUGAUGUCUUGGAGAUGCAAGACUAUGCUGGCGCCGUCAUUGGUGUGCCGGGCGAAGGUCUCAACGUUGAACAGCGAAAGCGGCUUACUAUCGGCGUGGAGCUAGCUGCUAGACCUCAACUUCUAGUCUUCUUCGACGAACCAACAUCUGGACUAGACUCCCAAACGUCAUGGGCUAUCUCGGUGCUUAUUAGAAAGCUUGCCAAUAGCGGCCAGGCCGUUCUCUGCACCAUUCAUCAGCCAUCAGCUAUCCUCUUCAACCAGUUCGAUCGUCUCCUCCUGAUUGCUCCAGGAGGUAAAACUGUCUUUUUUGGUGACUUGGGCGAUAACGCAUCGAGCUUGAUCGAAUACUUCGAGAGAAAUGGGGCACCCUCCAUUCCAGCGGACGCCAACCCAGCCGAGUGGAUGCUUGAAGUCAUCAAACCUCCGCAAGAUGGUUCGGAGGGCAUCGACUGGCAUCAGGUUUGGUGCAAUUCUCCUGAGUACCAAGAGACCAAGAAAGAACUGUCUCGUCUGCGAGCCCUUGGUUCCUCCAGGAGUAACGUGAGUGCUGUCGAAGAUAAAUCUCAGCAUCAAGAGUUUGUUGCUUCCUUCUCAACCCAGUUCCGUGAAGUGAUGAUACGUGUUUCGAAGCACUUCUGGAGGUCUCCCGUGUAUAUGUGGUCAAAGACGGCCUUGAUCGCGCUGUCGUCCCUCUACCUGGGCUUCAGCUAUAGUGCGAAUAACUCUAUCCAAGGUCUUCAGAACCAGCUUUGGGCUAUCUUCAUGUUUCUUGUCCUCUUCAUCAACAUCAACGAACAAAUCAUGCCCAUGUUUGUGCCACAGCGCAACUUAUACGAAUCUCGUGAGCGGCCGUCCAAGAUUUACCGUUGGAUGACAUACAUCAUGGCGAAUAUCCUGAUGGAGCUCUUUUGGAACACGGUAAUGGCUGUGAUUAUGUAUUUCUGCUGGUACUACCCAGUUGGGUUUGUCCGAAAUACCACCCCAGACGACGAGGCUAUUCGUGGAUUCCUUGUCUUUCUCUUUCUCUGGGUCUACCUCCUUUUUACCAGUACGUUCGCACACUUUGCUAUCGUAUGGAUUGACCUCCCUGAGACGGCGGGUGUCCUUACAAGCUUGCUUUGGAUGCUGUGUAUUCUGUUUUGUGGUAUUGGUGUCCCUCGAGCCGACCUCCCCGGUUUCUGGACAUUUAUGUACCGGGCCAGUCCAGCAACCUAUCUAGUAGGCGGUAUCAUGUCGACUGCGGUGGCGAACAACAAUGUCACUUGCGCCGAUUAUGAGGUCCUCCACAUUGUGCCACCAUCUGUGGGCAACAUGAGCUGUGGCGAGUUUCUCGGACCUUUUGCUGAAGCAGCCGGUGGACGUGUGCUGGAUCCCACCGCUCACGAUGAGUGCGGUUAUUGCCCUAUUGGUACCACAAAUGACUUUUUGGCGCAGUUUGACCUCAGCUAUGAUACACGCUGGAGGGACUUUGGACUUGUCUGGGUAUUUAUCUUAUUCAAUAUUAGCGCAGCUCUUGGACUUUAUUGGGCUUUUCGGGUUCCUAAGAGAAAAGGCAAUAAUGUUAAAAAGGCUUGA